AUGAAAAUGAGACCGUCUAGUGCUAUUCUGCUUUCAUCCUUGAUUUUAAUAUUUGUAACCUCGCUUCUUUCCCUUCCCUUGGAAAAUGAACUGGACGAGGCUCUUUUAGCGGAUAAAGUUUAUUCUCACGGCCCUGAUGCAGACCCGAGAUCUGCACAGGAUCCCAGAAAAUCCUCUAGUAGUUCUUUGGUACCCAAGAAAACAAGUUUGCAGAAAGGAACCCGUAAAACCAAGUUUCUAGAACAAUUUUGGAAGGCAGCAUUGGACCCACCACCAGAAAGUGCCAGUGAAGAAAAUUGGAAGAUUUACUAUAAAAUCGCUCUCAAAGUGUUAUAUUUAAAUGACCUGAACCCCAAAAUCAAGGCGCUGGCCGAGGCGGUCACGGAAUUGGGAGAAUCAUUUCCUUUGUUGGAGUACACUGAUCAAGGAAUAGAUGCUUUUAUGGUGCCGUAUCUUUACCUCGCUCAUAGUUGCCUUAGGGUCGUUUCAUUGGGACUGGGGGAAAGAAUCUGGGUCGUGGGUGUCUUGUCGUGCCUCAGAUGGAAAAUUCCAAAACAAAAAGAAGAGAUAAAGUCAAAUAAAUUUAUCUACACAUCUGACAUUGCCACUAUCCGAGGGAAUAUUGAGACUUUCUUGUUAAGAGAGCAGCCUCUGGGAGAGAUACUUCAGACGAUGUGGCCUGAUUUUCUUACCUAUUCGAGUCUUGCAGACCAACAUCCGGUUGUCUGGGAAGGACUCCAAAGAGCAUCAUUAGCAAACUUGAUUCUACAACAAAUCAGAACCUCUGCUAUAAUCCCAUCGGACGAAUUCAAAGGAAUCAUGAAGUCGUUUCUUCGUUUGCAAACUCCCAUCGAUGACUACAGGGCUUCGACAUUCACAGAUGAUCUCGCAGGUCAACUUGUCAAGAUGCUCAGUUCAACGAGGCCAACAAGCGCCCUUGCUGAAGAAACGGCCUUGGUUCGAAUCCUAUUGCAUAUGCAGGAGAACCACCUUCACAGCAGACUGAAGGUUCUACAAUUAAUCCGAGAACAUAAAAUUGGCAAAAUAGUUUUCCGCGUUGACAUUGGCCUUCAGCUUGGGGACAACCCGUUGGAUUCUCCAGCAAACAGACUUUACAGCUUACUGAAGAAUGUACAAAAUCUUAAUAUUGAAGAUUUCAACGACGCCUUGAAAUCAAUGAUCGACCAAGAACUUCCGAUACCCCAGUGGGGAAAGCUUCUCAGGAUUCUCGAAGUGUCGAAGCCGCUGAACCGAGACAUUUACAAUAGUGUGGAUGCACUACUUUCUGACUCGGAGGGGAUCACCGGGAAACUUGCAAGAGUCUUACACCAGCUCUACCCUAGAAGAGGGAAUCGCAAUAUCUUCAGCCCGCCAGGGAUCCUGGCUCUGAUCUCAACCCGAGCGCAAGACCUCAAAGAAGCCAUUCAUAGGCAAGAACUUGAAAAGAAACUUGUCUUCGAAGGAAUUUUAUCAGCUCAAGUUAUUGAGCCUUUUUCAAAAUUCUUGAUGUGGAAUUUCAAAGGCGACAGAAAACCAGAGUUGAGGCGUUAUUUACAAACAAUAUACGUCCAGAUUAUGUCAAGAGAAGACACUCUGAAUGCGCUCAAGUCGAGUGACACCAUCAUAGAAUAUAUUCUACGCAUAAUUUUUCUCAAAAACAAUAAUCAGAAACUUCUUAGAUAUCUAUCCAACAAGAUUGCCUUCGAAUUGCUUUCAUCGCGGGUUGUUGAACUGCUCAUAGCAUCACGCAAAAAAUUAUCACAUCAGACUUUUGAAUCCCAUCUUCAAAAGUUUGAACAGGAGCUCCUUGAAGAAUUCGAAACGGUUCUAAUUAUGAAGAUGGUUCGUCAGCGAACAGAUUCUACCAGCUUUGUUCAUGAAUGA